AUGCGCGUCAACAAAAAGUUACUCUCCUCCCUCUUCUCCUUGCUGUCCGUCCAGUCCAUCGCCACUGCCCUAAGUAUCACUCCUCUUGCAGCAGACCGCGCCGCCAGUCGCUAUGUAAUCGAGAACCCCCUCCCGCCCGCCGAUCAGACCCAUGAAGUCGUCCGCGUCGCCGGCACCAACGUCAUCCUCAUCUCCCAAAUGUCCAACAGCGUCCUCCUCAAGGCCACCGUCGAUGACCACGGUGUCAUCACGGACAUUGGUGCCUUCCGAAUCGGCGAAAGCACCUCUGCCCUUCACGGACUGGCUCUUUCCAAAACGGACCCCGGAAAGGUCUGGGUGACCUUGCAAAAGGACAACAAGCUGGUCUUGCUCAACCCUAUCGUAAACUCCAUCAAAGCAGCUCCCGAAGUCAUCAAGGAGAUCGUUGUCCCCAAUCCUGGUCUGGGACCUCAUUAUGUCGGCGAAUAUGGCGAUGAGCUCUGGUCGACCCUUCAGGAUAGUUCGCAUGUGCUCCGAAUCAAUUACAACGACCCUUCAAACUAUACCAUCUACACUGGAAUCCCUCGUCCCAUCUUUAUUGCCCAACACCCAGACAACGGCAAGUUCUACACAGGCGAGGACAACUCAGCCUCGAUCAUGAAGAUUGACCCAGUAGCCAACACCACCUCUCAAUUGCCAAUCCCUGAAACCGCCGGCAUGACCCCCGUCGGCCUCAUUGCCGGUCCUCCGGGCCGCGGCAUCUGGUUCACCCUCCUCGGCAACGCUACCCAGGGCACAGGUACUAUUGGAAACCUCCACAAGGACGACACCAUUACCUACCACACACUGUCCUCUUCCCCCCUGAGCAAAAAGGCAGCCCUGUUGCACUUGGCAUUCGACCCCGAGGCCGAGACCAACUACACGCUCUGGCUCCUCGCCUCGUCGAUCGUCAACAGCAAUGCGCUCGACAUGAUUAUCAAGGUUACGUUUGAUGCUGGAUGGUCCAAGAUUGUGUCGGAGGAUAUUGUUGUUACGCCGACGCAGUUGAACAAGGCUCAUAGGAUCUUGAUUACGCCAACUAAUGUCUUUGCGACCGAGUUGGCUUCGUCCAAGUUGGUUUCUUACUACACCUUGUGA